AUGACAACGUUUCUUACUCUAACUCUUUCUAUAUUAGCUGUUAUUACUCUCAUUGUUGCACUUGGUCUUAUCAUGGCGUAUACUUUUAUUAAGAGAACCGAGCGAGGCAAAGUAUCUACAAAUGUGUUUUCCAGUCAAUUAUCAAGUACCGUUAUCGAUGUUGAUGAUUUACCAGAUACUCAGCAGAAACAAGGCAUAACAGUCAUAUCUAACGAUAUCAUUGACCACAGCUCACAUCGACAUCAGCAUUUACAGAGAAGAACGAUAUCUGUUAUUGAUUCGGUACCAAGCGCCAUAGACCAAAGCACGAUUGUACCUGAUAUGGAGAUAGUUGACCCUUUAACCGAGAAGAUCACAUUGGAAUAUUAA